AUGGCCGUCGUGGUAAAUCUUCAGGCGAAUUUGCAACAUUUCCGGAUUGCCACCGUGGCAAGUUGGAUUCUUGCUGGAUUGGCGGUGUACGAGGCAUUCAAUACUAGGCCCACGGCGCACUCCGCACUGGUUGAGCUGUCCUCUGGCUUCAACGUGGUGGUGAUAUGUUUCGCAGUGGGAUCCACUAUCAUCGAACUGUGUUCGAGACUCCAGUAUUGGCUGUUUGGGGAGUUGAGGUUGAUAGAGUUGGAACGCAUGCGUGAGCACCUGGGAUACGAUUUGCUCAACACCACCUUGACCAUCGCCAUGUUCAGGACACAUAGCUUUUUGACCGUGAUACCCUUUGCACUUUCGGUGUUGUAUUCUAAUAUUUAUCAGAGGAUUCUGAUGGAUAGAUUGGACUAUACGUUCCAGCAUGUGGCUUCCUACAGAGACAUUUUCAAGAGCAGGGCAGUGGUGUUCUCAGCGGUGUUCCUGAUAUGGGACAGAGUGCUGCUCCAGAUGGCUUUUGGCAAGAACUGGAGAGUCGAGGCCGAUCUUUACACGCUUCUGGGUUUGGAGUUGGUUCUUACGGGUUUGGAUUUGGCCGAGACUACGUUCAGACAUGUUGCUUCGUUCUCUCCAUCCGAGGAUGAGGAAGUGGAUACCGAGGAUAUUUUCACCAAAGUGAAAGUUCUGGAAGUGCUGGUGUCUAUUUGCCGUCUGAUGAUUAUCGGGUACGUUUUGGUGAAGUUCCUGAGGUUCGGUUCAACUCCUAUCUUCUUGUGUCAUUCAACCUGGAGAGCUGGUAUGAAGCUGAAAAGACAGGUUACGGAUUGGUACAUGUACAUGAAAAUCGCCACAACACUGGAUUCGAACCUGAAAAAUGCCACCGAGUUGGACCUGGAGAAGGACAAUAUCUGCAUCAUCUGUCGCGAUGAAAUGGAGCUGGAUCCCACGAAUCUACGGAAUAAAAGAAACACACCGAAGAAACUCCAGUGUGGCCACAUUCUUCACCUGGGAUGUCUCAAGAGUUGGAUUGAACGGUCUCAGAGCUGUCCGAUGUGUCGCGCGCCUGUUUUCAAAAGUGAUGCUAAGGCUGAACCCGAGCCGGCUCUUGAUAUGCCGAAUGCACCAGUAGUGAACGAGGAUGUGGAAGAUGUGAACUUUGAUAAUGAUGGGAAUGCUGUGAAUGAAAACCCGGAAUCAGUUUAUUUCGUGCCGAUUGAGCCGGUUACCUUAGGACCAGAGUCUAGUGAAGGUGCGUCGUCAUCUGCAUCUGCAGAUGCGUCUGCUUCUGUACCUCCUUCUGCACCCACAUCCACAUUCACGUCUACAUCUGCUCCUAUGCAAGGCUCAGAAAGACAUACAGAACCAACCAGUCUCGCAACGGAGUCACAGAACUCGUUCUCCCUCGAGCAAAUUCCCCGGAACAUGGUCCUUCCUCCGGGCUGGAUUGCAGUUCCGCUGCGACAGACUAGUGGGGGCUACGAGGCCAUCAUCAACAGAGACACGAGUAUGAGAGUGGUGCAGGUGCCGAGACAUGGACCGCAUGAUGAUAGGUGA